GGGCGACAGGAGCAUGAGGGCCCGGAGCGGGACGCGGGGCGCGCUGCUGCUGGCGCUGCUGUUCUGCUGGGACCCGACACUGAGCCUAGCAGGUCUUCUUGACUUAGGUGGCCAAGUCCUCCCAGACUCCUUGCCGUCAGCACCUGCAGAGCAGCUGCCUCACUUCCUGCAGGAGCCCCAGGAUGCCUACAUUGUGAAGAACAAGCCCGUGGAACUGCUCUGCCGCGCAGUCCCCGCCACACAGAUCUACUUCAAGUGCAACGGCGAGUGGGUCAGUCAGAACGACCAUGUCACACAGGAGAGCCUGGAUGAGGCCACAGGCUUGCGGGUGCGAGAGGUGCAGAUCGAGGUGUCAAGACAGCAGGUGGAGGAGCUCUUUGGGCUGGAGGACUACUGGUGCCAGUGUGUAGCCUGGAGCUCUUCGGGAACCACCAAGAGUCGCCGAGCCUACAUCCGCAUUGCCUACCUGCGCAAGAACUUUGACCAGGAGCCUCUGGCAAAGGAGGUACCGUUGGAUCAUGAGGUCCUUCUGCAGUGCCGCCCACCGGAAGGAGUGCCUGUGGCUGAGGUCGAAUGGCUCAAGAAUGAAGAUGUCAUUGACCCCACUCAGGACACCAACUUCCUGCUCACCAUUGACCACAACCUCAUCAUCCGCCAGGCUCGCCUGUCAGACACGGCCAACUACACAUGUGUGGCCAAGAAUAUUGUGGCCAAGCGCCGGAGCACCACUGCCACCGUCAUCGUCUAUGUGAAUGGCGGCUGGUCCAGCUGGUCAGAGUGGUCACCCUGCUCCAAUCGAUGUGGCCGAGGCUGGCAGAAGCGUACGCGGACCUGCACCAACCCAGCCCCACUCAACGGAGGGGCCUUUUGUGAGGGACAGGCCUUCCAGAAGACAGCCUGCACCACCGUGUGCCCAGUGGACGGAGCAUGGACCGAGUGGAGCAAGUGGUCGGCCUGCAGCACCGAGUGCGCGCACUGGCGCAGCCGUGAGUGCAUGGCGCCCCCACCCCAGAACGGAGGCCGCGACUGCAGCGGGGCGCUGCUUGACUCUAAGAACUGCACCGACGGGCUGUGCGUGCAGAAUAAGAGAACUCUAAACGAUCCUAAAAGCCACCUCCUGGAACCCUCAGGAGAUGUGGCGCUGUAUGCAGGCCUCGUGGUGGCCAUCUUCGUGGUUGUGGCAGUUCUCAUGGCAGUGGGCGUGGUCGUGUACCGAAGAAACUGCCGGGACUUUGACACGGACAUCACCGAUUCCUCUGCUGCCCUCACUGGUGGUUUCCACCCUGUCAACUUCAAGACUGCAAGGCCCAACAACCCGCAGCUCCUGCACCCUGCUGCCCCUCCGGACCUGACAGCCAGUGCCGGCAUCUACCGUGGGCCCGUCUAUGCCCUGCAGGACUCCGCUGAUAAGAUCCCUAUGACGAACUCACCCCUGCUGGAUCCCCUGCCCAGCCUCAAGAUCAAGGUCUAUAACUCCAGCACCACCGGCUCUGGAUCUGGCCUAGCUGAUGGAGCUGACCUGCUGGGCGUUCUACCGCCCGGCACAUACCCAGGCGAUUUCUCCCGGGACGCCCACUUGCUGCACCUGCGCAGUGCCAGCCUUGGUUCCCAGCAGCUCCUGGGCCUACCUCGAGACCCCAGCAGCAGCCUCAGCGGCACCUUUGGCUGCCUGGGUGGGAGGCUGAGCAUUCCUGGCACAGGGGUCAGCCUGUUGGUGCCAAAUGGAGCCAUCCCCCCCGGCAAGUUCUAUGAGAUGUAUCUGCUGAUCAACAAAGCUGAAAGUACCCUCCCACUUUCGGAAGGGACCCAGACAGUAUUGAGCCCCUCAGUGACCUGUGGUCCCACAGGCCUCCUCCUGUGCCGCCCUGUCAUCCUCACCGUGCCCCACUGUGCUGAAGUCAUCGCUGGAGACUGGAUCUUCCAGCUCAAGACCCAGACCCAUCAGGGUCACUGGGAGGAGGUGGUGACGUUGGAUGAGGAGACCCUGAACACCCCCUGCUACUGCCAGCUGGAGGCUAAGUCCUGCCACAUCCUGUUGGACCAGCUGGGCACCUAUGUGUUCACGGGCGAGUCCUACUCCCGCUCUGCAGUCAAGCGGCUCCAGCUGGCCAUCUUUGCCCCGGCCCUCUGUACUUCCCUGGAGUAUAGCCUCAGGGUCUACUGUCUGGAGGACACGCCUGUGGCAUUGAAGGAAGUGCUGGAGCUGGAGCGCACUCUGGGUGGCUACUUGGUAGAGGAGCCCAAGCCUCUGCUUUUCAAGGACAGUUACCACAACCUGCGCCUUUCCCUCCAUGACAUCCCGCAUGCCCACUGGAGGAGCAAGCUGCUGGCCAAGUACCAGGAGAUUCCCUUCUACCACAUCUGGAACGGCAGCCAGAAAGCCUUGCACUGCACUUUCACCCUGGAGAGGCACAGCCUGGCUUCCACCGAGUUCACCUGUAAAGUCUGCGUGCGGCAGGUGGAAGGGGAAGGCCAGAUCUUCCAGGUGCACACCAUGCUGGCCGAGACACCUGCUGGCUCCCUGGAUGCACUCUGCUCUGCCCCCGGCAAUGCUGUCACCACCCAGCUGGGACCCUAUGCCUUCAAGAUACCACUGUCCAUCCGCCAGAAGAUCUGCCACAGCCUUGAUGCCCCUAGCUCCCGGGGCAACGACUGGCGGCUGUUGGCCCAGAAACUGUCGAUGGACCGGUACUUGAAUUACUUUGCCACCAAAACUAGUCCCACGGGUGUAAUCUUGGACCUCUGGGAAGCCCUGCAGCAAGAUGAUGGGGAUCUCAACAGCCUGGCCAGUGCCUUGGAGGAGAUGGGCAAGAGCGAGAUGCUGGUGGCCAUGGCUACUGAUGGGGACUGCUGAGUGCUUGUGACCACAGGCAAGCGGGGACCAGUAUGAGACAGUCUGAGACAGUGCAAGGAGGCCUAGCAGCCUCCCUGUGGGGGUGUCCAGCCUUUGCCAUCCCUGGCUCACAGCUGGAAUGGUCCCCCACCCCCCUCCCUGCCGCAACCCUCAGACCACCACCAGCCUUAGAAAACCUCUGUGUUCUACUGCUGAGAGGCCAGGAUCCUUGCCCCACUGUUUCCUGGCUCGCACUGGGAUGGGUUGAGGCCUCUGGGCAACCUAAGGCCAGAGGCUUUCCCCCUUCACAGCCCACUACCCUCAGCCCUGUGACUUUGGUGGUCCACAGGUUUCAAUUCUGUGUUCACCACAUUGUCCUUGGCUAGGGACCUCUCUGCUAUCCCUGGACCUCUAUGAAAGUUGAGUUCGGUUCAGACAAACUGCUGUUUUCUGUCCAUAAGAAACAAAAAAGAAGAAAGGAAGAAUGAAUGAAUGAAUGAGUGAAUGAAUGCUUUAGAAGUCAGCAAAAACCACAAGGGAAAACAAAAACAAAAACAGUUUCUUAGGAAACGCAAAUGAUUUAUUAUCCAGAUACUUGGAUAGGUCCUUUUUUUAAAAAAAAAAUACUAACAAAAAAGUGAGAAAAGAAGAGGGGUGGGGGGGACUUUUAUUCUCCAGUGUGGUUAGGAGUUGGUGUGCUUGUGACUUGGGCCGUAGAUGAGUGCAUUCAUGGGCACGUGUUUGCACAAAUGUGUGUGUGCAUGGGUGUGGUCAGGGAAAUGAAUCCAUUGUGGGCUAAAUUCUGACAUGGCCUCAGUUUCCCCGGCUGUGCAGGGAGAUGAUACAGGAUUUUAGCCAUGGCAUUGAGUUCUAAAAUCAGAAGCAGCAGCUGGCUGGGACCUGGUGGUUCUCCCACCCUCCAGUGCCCCAGGCAGAUGCCCUUCUAUGGCCUUCUGGGUUUCUGAGACUCCAGCUGAAGGCCCAGGCCUGCUGCGACGUGGGAAGACUGUUCAGGUCUGUCUUACCAGCCUGGUUUAGUAAUGUGGCCGAGAGGUGAGGCUCCUGCAGAGAAGGAGGGGUCCUCCAGAUUCUCUCUCAGGCUGAAUGGCCUUGUGUCUAGGCUGGUACUGGCCGGUCCCCACCCCUGCACCUCUAGACCUUGGUUCACCCGUUCACUCUCCUGCUGGGGUCAGGAGACUAAGUAGACACCUUCACUCUUGGCCAUGGCCUGUUCCUGAACUGCCAUUGAGACCAGUCUGGGCACGUUCUGGACUUUGGAAGUUGGGGCUUCUGAGGGGAAGCAGGUUUCACAGUCACAGACCCAGCAAGCAUCUGUGUCCUGGCUUCUCUGCUACGGUUCCUGAGGUGGGUCUUAGAUUGAAACCAACGUGCCCCUAGCACCUAGGUAAAUACUGCCUCAGACAGUGACCCUGAACUUUUCCUGCCAAAGAUGCCCGUCCCUGCUGGUCACUGUUAGCCUAUGCACAGAAGGGGCCUCUGUCCAUCUGCACCCUGGGAGUCUAGACCAGGAACCAAGUUCUGGCCGUGCUGUGUGACUUCGGGCACAUAACUGCUGUCUCUGGGCUCCUUUUUAUCCUAGAAGCUCCAUGAGACCCCUUGGGGUCUCACCCUUUUCUGGGCUUCAGAAGGGAAUCUGAAGUCGAUUGUGGUCUGUAUGCCUUCCCUUGCCCAUCCUCAGAAACCUGCCUGCCUGGACGCUAGUGGGAGCACUUGGUGAGCGGGUCCCAGUUAGCGGGAGCCUAGGGCAGGACUCCAAGUGGGCAGUUUGGUAGCAGCAACCCAGGUAAUAUCUGCCAGCUAUGAACUGAGCCAGGGCUGUUGGGUUGGGCUUUCCACUCCUGCCUCCAAUGAGCUGGAUCCUCCUCCUCCUGUUCCUGGCCGGCUUGGUGUUGCAGGGUCCUGCAGGGUAUAUGUGUGUUUGCAAGCAUAUGCGUACGUACGUGUGUGUGUGUGUGUGUGUGUGUGUGUGUG